AUGCCUGCUGCAACUAAGAAGACCCCCAUGGCUCGGAAAUACGCUCCUGCUAGGAAGUCUGCCGCUGCUGAACAGUCCGCCUCCGCGCCCCAAAACCGCUUUCCCCCCGGCUCUCUUGAUUGCUCUCUGUCAGACUAUCGUGAUCCUCUUCCCUCAGCUGACGAUCAUGCGGCUUUGCUACAACUUGGGGGCUCUGCUCCAGCAAUAUCUAAUCUGGAGAAUGCGGCUGAGAACACCUCCACCAAUACUACCCAAUCUCCGACAAAUGGCAACCAGCAAAUAUCCACAUCUCAGCCUGGACCUCUCAACGACUUGAACAAUCCCCCUCAAAAAAGACGCAAGAGGGCCUUACAGCCUGAUGUCAAAUCCGAACACGAACUUAACCAAGCCAACAACUCGAUCUUCGCAAAAAAAUACGAUCUCAAAAUCUGCAACCAAGCCCAAGCUGUCAACUUCGUCUUCCAGAAAAAAUACCGCCUCACGCUCUCCAGCAAAAUCCCAGACUUGAUCAAAGUCCAACAUUAA